AAUUGUCGAUGUUUUUCGAUCAGCUGUCGCGAUUUCUGCGCUUGCGUGAAAAAUAGGAGGGAAAAUAUUUUGCUUUUCUUGAGGAAAAUUCAUCAUUUUCAGUUAAAGUUUGCGGUUUUUUUGCACAAAAAAUUGUCUGAGAAUGUCCGAACAGGCACGGAAGAAGCAAAAAGUGGCAGAAGCCCCCAAAGCAGCCCCAGCGGCGGCCGCGGCUCCUGCUGAAGCUGCUCAGGAGGAGGAAGAGGAUGAUCUAAGUGGGCCCCAAAUGAUUGCUAAACUGGUUAAUACCUCAGUGGGGAUUACUACGGGAGAUGUGAAGAAGCUCCAGGAAGCGGGUUUUUAUACAGUGGAAGCAGUUGCAUUUGCUCUAAAGAAGAACCUGUUGGCUGUGAAGGGAAUUUCCGAGGCAAAGGCUGAUAAAAUCCUCACUGAGGCUGGAAAAUUGGUACCAAUGGGAUUCACAACAGCCACAGAGUACUACCAGAGACGCGCUGACAUCAUUCAGCUGUGCACAGGCUCCAAGGAGUUGGAUAAAUUGCUUGGCGGUGGCAUUGAAACGGGAUCAAUUACAGAGAUUUUCGGGGAAUUCCGCACAGGAAAGUCUCAAAUCUGCCACACACUCGCCGUAACGUGCCAGCUGCCCGUUAGUCAAGGUGGGGGCGAAGGGAAGUGCCUGUACAUCGACACAGAAGGCACCUUCCGCCCCGACAGACUCCUCUCCGUGGCGGAGCGCUACAAACUCAAUGGAACCGAAGUGCUGGACAAUGUGGCCUUUGCAAGGGCCUACAAUUCAGACCAUCAACUGGGACUCCUCACACAGGCAGCUGCCAUGAUGGUGGAAUCCCGGUAUGCCCUACUAAUCGUAGACAGCAGCACAGCUCUCUACCGGACGGACUAUCAAGGCCGCGGGGAGCUGUGCAAUCGGCAGACGCAUUUGGGCCAAUUUAUGAGGACCCUCCAGAGACUUGCUGAUGAAUUUGGCGUUGCUGUGGUCAUUACGAAUCAAGUUGUUGCCACCGUCGAUGGGGCACAGAUGUUCAAUCCCGAUCCGAAGAAACCCGUUGGAGGGAAUGUCGUUGCUCAUGCCUCAACAACACGCCUCUACCUGCGAAAAGGGCGCGGAGAGACGCGAAUAUGCAAAAUCUACGAUUCCCCCAACCUUCCGGAAUCCGAAGCAGUCUUUGCCAUUAAUCCUGACGGCAUUGGGGACCCCAAAGAGUGAUCCCCCCUUAAUUUGAACUUAUUUGCCUUAAUUUGUGUGUUAUUUCAUGGAAUUUUAAGCCUCCCAACCAAUUGAAUUUGAAUAAAGGGGAGUUAUUUACUUUUUCUUAA